CUUUCUUACACAUCUUCUGAGUUUUCUCGCCAUCCAAACACUCUUUUUCGGAGUUUAAUUUCUAUAAUCAGAGGUUCUAAUACAAAGACAUGGACACAGAAAUCGAUGUUCCUCCGUUCUUUCUCUGCCCUAUUUCUCUGGAAAUCAUGAAGGAUCCGGUGACGGUCUUGACGGGGAUUACCUACGACAGGGAAAGCAUCGAGAAAUGGCUGUUUUCCGGGAAAAACGACACUUGUCCGGUAACCAAACAGGUCCUUUCCGAUUCCGAUUUGACUCCGAACCAUACGCUUCGCCGGUUGAUCCAGGCCUGGUGCACGAUGAACGCUGCUCUCGGAAUCGAGAGAAUCCCCACUCCAAAGCCGCCGAUCAGCAAAUCUCAGAUCGCGAAGCUUCUCAGCGACGCCAAAUCCCCUCAAUCGCAGAUCAAAUGCCUCCGGCGGCUCCGAUCUAUCGCCGCCGAGAGCGAGACCAACAAGCGGUGCCUGGAAUCCGCCGGCGCCGUCGAGUUUCUCGUCUCUUUGAUCGCGAACGACAACAACGAAAACGCCGUUUCGUCGCCGUUGUCGUCCUCCGAAAACGACGAGUCGUUUGAUUUCGCGAGAUCUGCGAGCGACGAGGCCUUAACGAUCUUGCACAAUCUCCAUCUCUCGGAAACUGUGCUAAAAAAACUAAUCGACAGAAAUGGUGAAUUCGUCGACUCCUUGACGAGAGUAAUGAGACAAGGAAGCUACGAUUCAAGAGCUUAUUCAAUAAUGCUGUUGAAAUCGAUGUUUGAUGUCGCUGAUCCGAUGAGGAUGAUCAGCUUGAGAACGGAAUUUUACGCCGAAUUGGUCCAAAUUCUACGCGACCAGAUCUCGCCGCAGGCGUCGAAAGCCGCGCUGCAGCUCCUAGUCCAGCUCUGCCCGUGGGGGCGGAACCGGAUCAAGGCGGUGGAAGCUGGCGCGGUGGCGGUACUUAUCGAGCUCCUAUUGGAUUCCGUCGAGAGGCGGCCUUGUGAGAUGAUCCUAACGGGGCUAGACCUAAUGUGCGGGUGCGCGGAGGGGCGGGCGGAGCUGAUAAGGCACGCGGCGGGGCUCGCCGUGGUGUCAAAGCGGGUGCUGAGGGUGUCUCACAUAGGGAGCGAGAAGGCGAUGCGGAUACUAUUCUCGGUCGCGAGAUUCUCCGCGACGCCGGCGGUGCUGGCGGAGAUGCUGCAGCUCGGGGUGGUGGCGAAGCUGUGCCUGGUGCUGCAGGUGGACUGCGGGGGGAAGACUAAAGAGAAGGCGAGGGAGAUUUUGAGGCUGCAUGCAAGGACUUGGAGGAACUCCCCUUGUGUGCCCAUGCGCUUGUUGGCUUCCUAUCCAAAUUGAGAAACAAAAUUGAUGGACAUUGAUCAUGUGCUAAUUUCCUUAGUUUCUUUGCCUUUUUUGGGGAUGAUUACUGUACAUAUUUGAUUGGGUUGGAUUUUGGUAUACUUGGAAAUUAAUCAACAGAAGCAAAUCGAAAAUUAAUUUGUUUUCUUUCUUUUC